GCAUUUUUUCGAUUGCGCUCCCCCGGGAACAGUCAGGACCACCCCAAAUGCCCUCGGCCCCCUUCCGGCGAACAACUUCAUCUUUCACAAUCACGCUCUCGCGUUGGGGCUCUAACUACACUUGACAUGUCGGAGCGUCUUACGGCUUCUGCGGCUCUCUUCCUGCUCCCAUCUCCCUCCAAUUGUAUGGUAUUCAAGCUCUUCAUCAUUCCCCGUUAGUUCAAGUAGGCGGCCAUUCCGAUGCUGGCCGCUACCGUCCGCCGGUUCGCCUCCAGUUGUUCCUCGUUUCCGAGGGCUGGGAGCAGGCACCUGGGGCCUGAGUGGAUGCGCAAGAAUGUCAACGCUGGUCGCGCCCGUGCCGACACUCUUGCGUUCCUUUUUUUUUCUCUGCUUUUCCUUUUCCUUUGUUCCGUGACGCACGUCUGCGUAGCAACAGACCCUUUUCCCCUCUCUCCUCGACACUCUUGUACUACCUCCUCUUCUCUUCUACAUCGAAUCACGCCUCCCUUGCCAGCUGAAGCCUUGUCAGUACCCAAGCGCGCACACCCACGGCCGUGUUUCCUUUUACCUCGCUCAUCAUCCUAUCUUUCACAAUCACCCCCUCUAAGGCCACACACACGCCAACACAAUCCACCAUCCGCCAUCCACAGCCGUGACCACAUGACCACCAGCAAUCGAGUGCUGCACGGCAAGGCUGACAGCGGUGAGGCUUUUCCUUCCGUCUGGGAAGUGGACAUAGAUUAUAGCUGUUGGGAACUGAGUCAAUGGCAAGCUCUACUGCCUACAACUGACAACACGGACGCCGUGGGCUUCGACCUCCAAGCAGCGGAACGCAAGGCGACGGUCUUCUCUCGCGCAUUCCAGGUUCCGGAUAUUCUACAGAUGAUACUUGCUCACUUUCGCACGACAGGAUCGAUCUGCUCAGUGCUUCGACAGUUUCUAAGAGCUGGCGUGCGGCCGCGCUUCCAUUUCCACUGCGCGAUCUUGACACCAAUUUCGGUAGUGGGCCGUAAGAGUGUUCACCGCGCCAGGGAACUCCUACGUCACGUCCAAAAUCUACGUAUGUGGGACAAUGAUCUCCAUCGUCGAUACCAAUGCGAACCCCACAGCCAUCAGGUUCCCGCGCUCUGGAGGCCCUCAGUUCGAUUUUCAGCAGCUCACAGCGGCGAGCAAUUCGACCGGAGAUGGGAGCGGGACGCGUACAAAUUAUUCUACGACAUCUGCAUAUCGAGUGGUUCAACGCUACCCUUGAUCGACUUGUCCUUCGGAGUGCUCAGCAGCUUCGCGAUCCACAACACACGGCUCGUGUUUCCGGAGAUCGCCCAACGCAUCACAGCCAUUCGCGUGCUAUCGGAGUCGUACCAGCUAGCCGACGUUGACGGCGACUUCAGGAAGAUACCGUGCCUCUACGAUCGAUCAGCACGGCGGUGGCCGCACUUGCUAAGGUUGUCGAGAAGAUCUGCAAGGAGCAAGAUGAGGGCAAGUUCCCCUCCUUGAGGGCGUUCGGCAUCGAACAUUACAAUACCUCUGAUUGUGAUGGUCGCUGCAUUUGAGAUCACAUUUGGAAAUCCCUCACGAACGCCCUUUCUCCUCGGAUCGAAGAACUCGC